CAGUCGUCUCACCACGGUAAGCAAAUAUGCAGAAAUAUCGAAAAUACGUUAUUAUAUAUGCCUUUUUGUUAUGUUUUCGCCUUUGGAUAUCUCAAAGUAAUUCAUAUAUUCAUCCUGAUGAGCAAUUGCAGUCUUUACAAAUAAUUGCUGGGAAAUUUCUUGGCUGGAAAGUUGAGCUUCCUUGGGAAUUCACAUCUGAAAGACCAAUUCGAUCUAUAUUUCCGUUGUAUAUUAUGCUUCUGCCUGCGUUUUACACUGCAAAAGUGACUUGCCAUGACUUUUGUAAACCGGAUACUAUAUUUCUGCUGGCUAGAUUUACCAUGUUUCUAUGGUCGCUGGUAAUCGAUUUUAGUAUAUGCAGAAUCGUUCCUCCAGCCAAAAAGUGGAAAUCCCUAAUUCUGUAUUCCUCAUCAUUUUUGGCUAGUAGCUUCCAGACGCACACAAUUACGAAUUCUAUGGAAACUGUGUUCACCUUUCUAGCUAUUAUGUUUCUUUCUAAAUUAGCUGUCUCUUCGGUGAAUAAUAGGAAUAGCUACUGGUUGUCUGUGGCAGCAUCUAUAAGCACUACGAUUGGAAUGUUUACAAGAAUUACUUUUCUUGCAUUCGUCCUUGUGCCUUACUUUUAUUACGGCAUUCAAUGGUUGAAAAUUAACAGAACAAACAAGCUUUCGGUUUUUAAUCAUGUACUUCUAAUGAUUUUUUCAUGUGCUUUGGUCUCUUCUCUGUGCCUUUACGAAGAUUAUAAAUUUUAUGGAAAAUUUACAGUUACUCCCUUCAACAACAUUAUGUAUAACUCUCGGUUUGAAAACCUAGCCUUACACGGGAUUCAUUCCAAGACUCAGCAUCUAUUUGUUAACGUUCCUUUGCUAUGUGGGCCGCUACUCCUUGUGUUUCCACUUUGGAACUUACGAAAAGCCCAUGCAUGGUUUUGGAUUUUUCCUGUUCUUGUACUCUCCAUUUUUCCGCAUCAAGAAGCCAGGUUUUUACUACCUGCUGGCUCUCUCUAUGUGGUUUUUGCGGCUCAAUACAUAAAUUCGCGAUUUCUCCUACUGUUGUUUAUUAUUUAUUCAACCAUUAUGUCAGUAUUUUAUGGAAUUAUGCAUCAGAACGGAGUAGUUCCUUCCGUUGUAGAACUCAGUUCAUUGCUUCGUGACAAUGGUAUCUUGAAUCAGACUUCCAUCAGUCAUCGUCCAACAACGAUAUACUAUUGGAGAACUUAUACAGCACCGACAUGGAUGCUAGCUCUUCCAGAAUCUAGUCCAGUGAAUGUUGUCCAACUGUAUAACUAUUCCAAGGAUCAGUCAUUAUCCCGAUUUUGGGAUGAUUAUUAUAAAAACCAAUUUCCGGAGAAGGAAUUCAUGAACCUAGCUUCUUCAGGUCUUCCCGUUUCUCCCAUAUUUGUUUGUCCCGUCGCCCUUUUACAGUCCGAGGAAGAUACAAAAGGUCUACAGCUGUUAAGCUACAUACCUUACCACGUUGAUCUGGACGACGCGGAUGAGCUUCCAUUAGCUGAUUUGAUUCGAAAUCAUGGAAUAGGUAUAUACACAGCUAAAAAAAAUUGACACGUGUUCAUGAGAUUUAGUUAUGACCGUUUAGAUUCUUAAUAACAAUCAUAGAUUAAUGAGUAAGAGAACGGAUAUCAAUGCAAAGUCGUUUACCUUUUUUAUUCCAACUGCGACAAACCGGCAUACCAUUACUCAUAACCUUUAGCUAUUACACUCAAGCCUACUUUAUUUUCACAAGUUGGUCAUAUAACGCAUGAAUUUUAUUCGUCUCAAGCAAAAAGAAGAUGUUUUCAUCAUGAUCAUGUAUGGAAGUAUAUUGACAUCUGCUGUCGUUGUCAAAAUCCAGUUAUUAAACACUGCUUAUUGAUUUUAUUCCUUUCUUUUUUAUAACCUUCAGAGGUAUUUAUUCCAAAUUUGACUCAAUCCAUAUAAUUUAACAUUGACUUUUUCAUUUUGAAAACCCAGUAACAUAUAUCACAUACAGUCUUAAUUCAUUAAUUCUGAAACAAUUUA